AGUGAAUAUUGCCAGUGGUGAGUACAAGUAACGUGACAGGAGAAGACUACAAAAGCUAGUCGUGGAAGCUAGCGAUUUGGCUUAUGGGCCCAACGGCUAUGACCCCCUUAAAAGCAGCAUGAUUAUGAUAUACCAAAUUCUUUUGCUCUGUAUCUUGUGCCUAAGUUAAAUUUUUUCUUGCUGGUUUGCAUGUUAAGUUUAUGCACCGGAACAGAAAGUAGAUGAUAACAAAAAUCUAUUGCAGUGUGAACCCGCUCUCCAUGAGAGCUGGUGUAAGUGGUUCUUACUUUUUGUUCUUUUGUAUAAGGAGCUACUAAACUUGAGCACUUGAGCUUCCCUCAUUGCUUUGCUGAGAAGGACAAGAUGAAGGAGAUUCAAAUGUUCAACUGGAUACAUUUUCUCUGGAGAAGAUUUGACAGUCUUCUCAUGAACUGAGCUUUUGGGUCUUCAAAUUUGAUCUCUAGAAGAUACUUCUACUUUAUCAGUGGGGGCAAGAAAAACCCUAACUCAGUAAACAUUCUGAGCAUACUUCAUAAAGCCUCGCAUUGUUGUUCUGCAGUAAUGAGUGAGCCCGUGGGAGUGGCUAACACGACAGUAGAUGUUGCAGCCCUUGACUUAGAGAUUGAUCAUCGAAGGGAUGAACCUCUGAGGUCAUCAGAACCCAAAAACACAGCGUUCUCCGAUGAAAGAAAAAAGUCCUUAGGAGCACGGUAUUACUAUGGCAUUAUCUUUCUGUUAAUGAAUCUUGUCGCGUGGUUCGUUCGUGACUAUGGUCAGAAGGUCCUACCGGAGCUUCACUAUUUAAAAUCUUGUGGAAGUGGGGGAAUUGCCUGCUUUCAGACAAUGGGAGUUCUCCGCGUGAGUCUAGGAUGCUUUAUGUUUUUCUUUUUGAUGUUUCUCACCACGCUCAAUACGAGAAAGCUCCGCGACGUCCGCAACAUCUGGCAUUCGGGAUGUUGGGUUGUGAAGUUCUUCAUAUUGAUGGGGUCAAUGACAGCUCCCAUAUUGUUCCCUUCAAAUCUGAUUCACUUGUAUGGUGAAUUUGCUCGAGUAGGCGCAGGAAUAUUUCUGGUGCUUCAGCUCAUUAGUGUGAUCCAGUUCAUCGCUUGGUGGAAUAAUCACUGGAUGCCAGAUGGAGAAAGUAAGCAAAGCUGCUCUAUUGGAUUGGUGAUGUCCACAAUCUUUUAUGUCGCAUCAGUAGGAGGGAUUAUCAUGGUUUGGAAAUUCUAUGCUUCGGGACAGUCCCUCAACAUAUUCUUUAUCACAUGGACUGGCAUAUUGCUUGUAGUGAUGUUGGUCGUAUCCUUGCACUCCAAGGUCAACAGAGGCCUCUUAUCUUCAGGAAUAAUGGGAUCGUACAUUGUGUUCCUAUGUUGGUCUGCCAUUAGAAGUGAGCCUACCAUACAGAACAGCAAUAUGCAGAAGCAAGGGAGUCAUCAUGAUUGGUUAACUGUACUAAGCUUCCUCAUAGCAAUAUUUGCAAUUGUCAUAGCGACAUUUUCUACUGGCAUUGAUUCAGAAUCCUUUCAGUUUCGAAAAGAUGAAGUUCAAUUGGAGGACGAUGUGCCAUACAAGUACGGGGUUUUCCACCUGGUGUUCUCUCUCGGAGCAAUGUACUUUGCGAUGUUGUUCAUCUGUUGGAACCUCGAACAUACCACCAGGAAGUGGAUCAUCGAUGUGGGUUGGGCGAGCACAUGGGUGAAGAUCAUCAAUGAAUGGCUCGCAGCCACAAUCUACUUAUGGAUACUGAUCUCGCCUGUUGUAAGACAAGCCAAAGUGAUGGACCACGAGGAAGCUCGAGAAAACUCAUAGAACUUGGCCACACCAUGAAUCAACCUCGUCGAGACGAGAUGUGGAUUGAUGUUGUAGCUGCAUUAUUCUUUAUCUGUAUGCUGUAUGAGUAUUAAUUGUACGUAAAGAGCAGACGAACAAGAAAUUGAGAGUUUUGAUUGGUAAAAUGAGGAAUAAGAAGCCUGCGAACCUUUGAUUUGUCAAA